CAUCAUGAUUUCGCUAUGCUUAAUCUAUACUAUACUUCAUCAACCUAUUUUAUAGCAGUGUUCAGAAACCGUGCGUGCGCACAUAGUAUGACUAUAAAAGGCUCGCUGUUAUACAUAUCGGCAUUUUCUUUCCCCUAACCAAAAUUCCUUCUAUAUUUCAUUAAAAGUCUAGGUUACCUAGAUACGACUUGAGCGCUACAUUCCAUACACCAAGACAAAAGAAUAUAGAGUUAGUCUAAUACUCUAAUAGUACCGCAAAUUUCGAAGUGACAUCUACCUAAACAUACACCGUCACCAUCGCCACAAUGCCUCGACAACCCGCGCUCAAAAUCACCAACACGCUCUCCCUAGCGCUCUUCCAAGCCGACGUCAUCCACAACCAACUCAACCCGGUGCGCCUCGCCGUCGCCGUCGAGUGCUACCGGAUCCAAUCGCAGACAUUCCGCAUUCCCGACCGCUACGGCGCGUUCUCGCCCGGCCCCGCGCGGCUCCAGGUGUACCAGGCGGGCCGUUUCAUGGUCCUGCUGUUCAGCCUCGCGUACCUGAACGCGGCGGCUUGGACGCCGGCGAUUGUGCUGCUGAUGUUGUUUGGGGGGCGAGGCGAGGCGGGGAGGGUGGUCCUGGCGGUGGGGGCUAUGGAGAUGUUGGUGGUGGCGACGUUUUGGAUCGCGAUGUGUAGGGAUAGGCGUCGGCGGUUGGGGUUGGGGUUUGUGUGGGGGGAUUGGAAGGGGAGGAGGGAUUAAUAAUGGAAC